UGCAGUUGGCAGGCAACCAUUGAAAAACAACUGCGGUUUCACACCAAAAUCAAUAUAAUUUCAUAAAAAAUAAACAAUAACUUUAUUACAUUGCAAACAAUAACUAUGGAUAGCAUCGAGUCAGGAGCAGGCGCGCAAACUGGGAAAAGCAAUUUUGAAAGGAACGAAGUUUUCAAGAACAAGAAGAUCAAGCAGAAAAGGUGUAGCAAGGACCAGGUGGUUUCCUGUGUUAUUGUCGUGCUUUUCACUCUCGCGUUGCUAAUUCUGAUAAGAGCUACUCGCAACUGUUACGGCGACUACGUUUAUGAAAAUUUUUCCUGCGUGGAUCCGAAAAAAAAUAACUCAUCAACUGUAGAAGUACCCUGUGAUGACCCGAAUGACUUCGACUGUGUGUACACUAGUGCCAUUGAGGACUACCAUGUCCAUCUCAUACUCAAGGUCACCCUGUGCGGACAAUACUUCCCAUAUGUGCAGGCGAUGCAAAUGUGGGAUCAAGACAAUUUCCUACAUUUUGGAGACGACCGUCUGCUGGACUGCUUUGCGGCAGUGGGAGAUUACGUCGUCGUGUGUCACCACAGGGGUCGGGGGGUCAUAGAGGGCACUUCGGGGGCGAAUGACCCCGACCUCUACUUCAUCAUCCAGGUCAACUGCACUCAGAGGGAAGACAACUGCUUUUUCACUCUGAACACAAAGCACUUCGGACUUCUAAAACCCGGUCUGAAUGAGAACCAUUGCAGUUUCCGACCCCCUCUUUACACCAACUGGAAGACGGAAGUGGAAAAUGCACUGGACAUAGGCUCUCCUAACUUUCAGGAAGUUUCUCAGAUGGACAAUUGGAAUGUGUGGAAAUGUAAAGCUGACCUUGACAUUGCACCAUUCUUCAACACAUGUGACGUCACACAAUUGUCAUCGAAUGUUCUAGAAAUAAACUCAUGUAACAUGAAAUUCAUGCAGCCUUAUUUGUGCAUAUUCAGUUGUUUGUGGGUGCGCUUCAUCUGA